AUGCCCAUUCCGGUUUUAUCCAACUUGCAACUUCCUCAGAAAAAGAAGGCUGGCCUUAUUUUAAUUUUUGCGGCUGGCAGCUUUGCCUGUAUCACGAGCAUUGUCCGUCUUAGAAUAGUGGCUACUGAUACGAAAGCCACGGAUUCAGCAAAACCCAUAGCCAAUGCCGAGCUUGCAAAGUGGUCUUUCGUGGAGAUGAACAUGGGAAUUAUUUGUUCCUGUCUCCCCUCGUUGUAUCCUAUAUUUACGCGUAUUUUUCCUUCCCUAUUGUCUCCAAACCGUCAAUGCUGCUGUGACAGGAUGGCCCCCCUAAACCGACGACCCACUGCAUUUACUACUGGGCAGCAUGGUCAGGUAAGCUUUCACAGCGGGAUUGUAGUCACGCAAGAGGUCGAUGUGGAAACUCCUGAAUGUGCGUUUAUGAGGGGAAGUUAA